GACUUGUGAUAUUUAGGGAAGAAUUUAUCUGUUUCUAAUGGAUAUGAGGAAGAUGAAAGGAUUUUGAAAGAAGUGGAAAAACAUCCAGAGAGACCCCGAGUUCAACCACCUCCUCUUUGCUCACUCCAAUAUUGAUCUCAAGUGGCGGAAUUUGAGUGUUGCUAGUGGCCAAGGCCCAAGAGAUAAAUCAAAGGCAUCCAAAGGAAAAGCCAAUCCUGCUGACACUCCUGCUGCUCCACUGCCAAUUGCACAGACCUCUGGUUCUGUUGAGGUUCAACAGAGAGCUUCUCAAUCUUCUGGUUCGAAAAUUUUAUUUCAUGCCUUUAAGUUCACACAAAUGUGUAUACGUAAGUUGGAUGUUUCAUAUUUUUGAAAUGGAGAUUCAAGUGCACAUGCAUUGUUCAAUUAUUAUUUAAUCCAUGCAAACCUGGUGCAACUUAUCUUUUGCAGAACUCAGCUGAAGAGCAGAAAUCAAGGGAGUCACAGUUAAUUGUGAGGGAAGCUCUCUCAAAGAAAGAGCCUAAAGAAGAAUUAGGUGCCGGAACUUCCGACUCUCCUGAUCAUAGUGAUGAAGAUGAGUCCAGCUUUGAUACACGAAUGCGUCAGCAAAUACUAAGAAGAAGGCAGGAGCUAGGAGACAAGCCAACUAAAAAAGACUUGCGCAAUGGUGAGCAUAUUUUUUGAUAGUAUUUGAUUAUUUCAUGGUUUGGCAUAAUUGAUCACAGAUGCUUCAUUCAAGUUCUUGAAUGGCCUGGGGUAAGUUCUCGGUAGACUGCAAAUAUCAGUUAUGCUAUUUUUCAUUGGUGGUAGUACACCUUUUGUCCUUUGCUGCUGAUUUAACUUGUCAAACUUUCCACUUGAAAUCCUUUAGAAAAUUGUUUCUUGUAGCAGUGAAUCUAUUACCUGCUUUACAAAUAUGUUUCUGUUUAUUCUUUGUUUACUUGACUGGACUUGAAUCCUUAAUACUUGAACUUGUCUUUUUGCAUCGGCGGAGCGUAAGGCUUCUCAGAAGCAUGCAGCAUCUCCUCCUAGAUGCAGAUUUACAGUUGCUUGGAGAAGCAGAACGAUCAAGACAGCUGCACAAGCAAAAGAAGCGCAGGCGUCAAGGACAUGAAGAUGAAGUGCUAAACCGGAUGGCUGGACUGGACAGGAAAUCAUGAUUUCCUAAUAGUUUUGAAUAAGUGAAUUUGGGCAUUCUUGAGGUAAGAUAGCUAAAUGUUUGAUGCUUAUGUAAUUGAACUCUUGGGAGCGUGGAAUGUGAUUAUAUGAUAGAAAUUGGGGGAUAUUGAGCAUGUUACUAUGUGUUGAGCCAAUUUUGAUUUAUGAAUAAGGGAAGAACGACUUUUAGUAUUGAGUGGAGAACUUGUGGUGAUUGGUUGUGUUAUAACUUGCUUUCUUGGUGUUGAUGAGUUAAAUAUGAUUUAAAUUUCAAGCUAAAGCAUGCUAAUGUGUAGUAAGAUGAUGUAUUUGAGAUCUUAUAGCUUUUAUUUGGCCAAAAUAUGAGUUAUAUGUUGAGUUUCAACA